GAGACCCCCGACAUAAAAAGUAAAAAACAGAGAGACCAGAUCCUCGAAACGCUCUAAACCACGCACGACAAAAACGAGGGAGCCAAAAAAAAAAAAAAAGAAAGAAGAAGAAAAACGCGACCAUGAUGGAUCCCGGCACCUCCACCUCCGCCCCCGCCGCCGCCGCCGCCGCCCCCGCCCCCGCCGCCCCCUCCGCCGCCGACUCCCCCGCCUCCCCCGCCGUGUCGCAGUGGGCGUUCGCCGUGUCGCAGCGGUACCAGCACCUGCUGGACAGGUCGGUGCCGCACGCGCAGCGGCGGUGGGUCGCGACGCUUGCGGUGGCGUGCGUGUACCUCGUGCGGGUCUACUUCGUGGAGGGCUUCUACAUCGUGACGUACGCGCUGGGCAUCUACAUGCUGAACCUGCUCAUCGGAUUCCUCUCCCCUCAGGUCGACCCGGAGCUCCAGGAGCUCGCCGGCGGCGGCGGCGGCGGCGGCGGGUCCCUCCCCACCCGCGGCUCCGAUGAGUUCAGGCCCUUCGUCCGCCGCCUCCCCGAGUUCAAGUGCUGGUUACAAAUCACAUGGGCAUUUGUGAUUGCUUUCGUGGUGACGUUCUUCAGCGUGUUCGAUGUACCUGUCUUCUGGCCAGUACUCCUUUUCUACUGGGUCAUGUUGUUUACGCUUACAAUGAGGAGACAGAUAAUGCUUAUGAUCAAAUACAAAUAUGUCCCAUUUACUUUCGGCAAACGGCGCUACGGAAAGAGAGCAUCUUCAACUGAUAGUGCAAGCCUUCCAAGGGAUUAAAUAUUUUGAGUAUGAUCUAUCUAUAGUUCUCGAGUAGGCUUCUCUUAUCCUGGCGUCAUGGCAGCAGAUGGAGCUUUCUCACAGCAAAAGAUUGGCUCAAAGAUUAUUUUGGCAUGUUGCCUGAUACUCCACCUUUCUGAAAGAAAUUUUAUAGAUAAGCCUACUGAAAACCAUCAUGGAAACUCCUCAAGAGGAGUGAAGUUAAUGUACUUUUUCUAUCUUAGCUUUAGUGAGGGGUAGUCCCAAUUUGUUCUUUAGACAUGGCAUUUUUUGUAUUGCUGUCAUUUUAAUAUAGCUGAAUUUCCUCCUUACCAAAAAAAUAUAGCUGAAGUUCUUAGUUCCCUUUUUGUUA